GUGACGCAGUCCACGGCAGACGACGCGUCACGUCCGCGCGUCACAUCGCUCUCCUUGGCCUCUGCACGCAUGUCUCGAAUACCAGACCUCCCUGGCGUCCCCAUCCCCCACCGCUCAGACCAGGAAAAAUGGCUCAAGCAGACCGUCGCCAGGCUCUGUCAGCUCGAGAACGAGCGUUUCCCCGGCAGCCAGCCAGUCAGCUUCGCCAUGCCCGACUUGCAGAAACUGGACACGAAAGACUACUGGGUCUGUGAGAAGUCGGACGGCGUCCGGGUGCUGCUCUUCGUCUACACGGACAUCACAACGAGUGAACAGAUGGUUUUUCUGAUUGACCGCCACAAUUCGUACCGCGAACUGAGUGGCUUCUACUUCCCGCACUUUGAAGACCCAAGGAAGCCGCUCCGCAGUACCAUUGUCGAUGGUGAGCUAGUCACUGAUGUCGACCCCCGCACGCGUCAAGAGACGCUCCGUUACCUCGCAUUUGACUGCCUGGUCGUUGACGACCAGAACGUGAUGGCAAGACCGCUGGACAAGCGCUAUGGGCGAUUGCAGAUGUGGUUCUGCGAGCCGUAUGCUAAGAUGCUACGAGAUCAUCCCCAAGUGGCGAGGGACCAUCCAUUCCACAUCAAAGUGAAGCAAGUGAAGUUGUCAUAUCACGUCGACGACGUCUUCAACAUCGACCUGCCCGCGCUGCACCAUGGCAACGAUGGACUUAUCUAUACAUGCGCUGAGACUCCUUACAUCCCAGGGACUGACACCAAUAUCUUAAAGUGGAAACCUCCUUCUGAGAACUCGAUCGACUUCAAGCUGGUCCUGCGCUUUCCACCCUUAUCCAUCCGGUCACCCGAUCCGGACUUCCACGCGAAGCCCGUGUUCGAGUUGCACGUGUACUGCGGCGACGAGCGAGGAUUGCCCAACGAGCGAGGAACGCCCAGAUACGAAUUCUACGACGUCAUGCAUGUCGAAGACGAGGAAUGGGAGAGUCUAAAGCGAUCGGGCGAGCAGUUGGAUGAUCGGAUCGUUGAAGUACACUGGGACCCAACAAGGGAGCGCUGGCGAAUGAUGCGCUUCAGAGACGACAAGCCGGCCGGAAAUUACAAGACUGUCGUAGAGGCCAUCAUCAAAAGUAUCGCCGAUGGCGUUGAAAAGGACCAGCUCCUCGCUCGUUCUGCCUUCAUCCGCAAUGCGUGGAAGGUGCGCCAUCAAGAACCACAACGAUCAGGCGGACCACCUCCCCCCGCCAAACCGCCACAACAUAACGCUCAUCCACCCCAGUCCAGCGCUCACCCACCCCCGCCAGCAAACGGCCAUGCACCUCCUGCAAACAGUCCCCAGGCAGAGCCGCGCUACGGUCCCCUCGCCCAGUCACCCUGGAGCAAAGUGUCCGGUCCGGAUAUGAUCGCUGGGAUGUACAGGUGAUCGCCCGCGCACCGUGCUAGCUAGCCGGC